AUGACGGACAUCAAUCGUACGUCCGGCUGGAUCUCGGACUCUGCCGAAAUGACGCAGUUCCUGAGGAUUCACAUCGCAUUGUCUCCGCACGUUUGCCAGACUUUCUGUUCGCAAUUGCAAGACGGGACGACGUUGAACAAGGAGCUGCGGCUGACGGUGGCGAUUUUUCUACCGGCAGUCCCGAAAACUCAGAAGCAGAAGAAGCUACUUCAUGUUUCGACGGAGUUUUUAUCUUUCCACGCGCGUACUUGCAGGCGCACUACCUGCGCAAAUUUGACUACACUGGAAGAACAUCAAUUUACGUGUAUCCUCCCUGGUUUCGGCCUACUUGGCGAGAAGUCGGGCGAAAAAAAGAAGACCAGCAGAGGUUUUUCCUCGAUUUUUCAUCAAAUGCAAACCCGGAAGAAAAUGUCGCGAAAGCAAAGCGAAUUUUUUCAGAGUACCGGCCCAGUCCAAAGUCUCCGGAUGACGCUAGUGAGCUUGAUGCGAACUACAUCACAGCUUCCGAACCACCAGCAUUAG